GCUGGUACAUGGUGUAGUCAGUUACUUGGACUAUGAGUUAGAUCGUUUGAAGCUUUGAAGACAGUCGCGUUUGCCUUGUCGUGAAAGCACAACCGCAAAUCAUACCUUUCCCUUCACUCCAGCAUGCGAUCGGAAAAGAGACAACGACUGAGAUGCAGUCUAGCGCUGAUUGGAGUGAUUAUUUCUGGUUGCUUGGUGAAAGGCUCGCUGGGUAGCUGUUUCAGCAGGUUCUUUGCUUGCAGUGAUGGACAGCAGUGUGUGCCAGCGUCCUAUAAGUGCGACGGUCAACCAGAUUGUCGAGAUAGCAGCGAUGAAGCCAAUUGCACCUCCAUCACACCGGGAGGUGCUGUCAACUGCUCCAGCGGUCAGUUCAAGUGCGGGGGUAACGGCAGUGACAUUUGCCUUGCCGCAAGUCUGUGGUGUGACAGAGGACCACAACACUGCCCAAAUGGACAGGAUCAGAGCAUAUGCCUUCGCAACACGCUUGUUUGUGAACCGUUCGUUCACAACUACAAAUGCAAAACUUCAACUCGCUGCUACCCCCUCUCCGCUGUGUGCGAUGGCCGUGAGGACUGCGAUGGCGGCGAUGAUGAAAAGAAGGAGGUCUGCCACCUGAAUCCAGCAAAUACUGUUGCACCAACAACAACACCAACAGCCCCAGCACCCACAACAACCUCCGCACCGACAACAACCCCAGCACCAACAACAACCCCAGCACCCACAACAACCCCAGCACCCACAACAACCCCAGCACCCACAACAACCCCAGCACCCACAACAACCCCAGCACCCACAACAACCCCAGCACCAACAACCACAACCCCAGCAUCAACAACAACACCAAUGCCAACAACAACCCCAGCACCAACAACAACCCCAGCACCAACAACCACAACCCCAGCAUCCACCACAACCCCAGCAUCAACCACAACCCCAGCAUCAACAACAACACCAAUGCCAACAACAACCCCACCGCUAACAACAUCCUCAGCACCCACAACGACACCAGCACCAACAACCACAACCCCAGCACCAAAAACCACAACCCCAGCAUCAACCACAACCCCAGCACCCACAACAACACCAAUGCCAACAACCCCACCGCUAACAACAUCCUCAGCACCCACAACGACCGCAGCACCCACAACGACCGCAGCACCCACAACGACCGCAGCACCCACAACGACCGCAGCACCCACAACGACCGCAGCACCCACAACGACCGCAGCACCCACAACGACCGCAGCACCCACAACGACCGCAGCACCCACAACGACCGCAGCACCCACAACGACCGCAGCACCCACAACGACCGCAGCACCCACAACGACCGCAGCACCCACAACGACCGCAGCACCCACAACGACCGCAGCACCCACAACGACCGCAGCACCCACAACGACCGCAGCACCCACAACGACCGCAGCACCCACAACGACCGCAGCACCCACAACGACACCAGCAACAACCCCAACAGCAACACCGAUGGUGACAACAGCCCCGACGCCAUCAAUGCCUUCAACUCCGGCGGCACCAACGACAAGACCAAUGCUUAUAACCACCCCAGCGACGGCGGCAUCAACAACACCGCCGGCAGCAAGCACGAUCUCCUCUGCAGCAUCCACAACAGUUGACCGGAAUACGGCCGGAGUGACAUCCACAACAGUUGACCGGAAUACGGCCGGGGUGGCAUCCACAACAGUUGACCGGAAUACGGCCGGGGUGGCAUCCACAACAGUUGACCGGAAUACGGCCAGGGUGGCAUCCACAACAGUUGACCGGAAUACGGCCGGGGUAGCAGCUACAACAGUUGACCGGAAUACGGCCGGGGUAGCAGUCACAACACAGCUUGCACCAAGCCCGGCAGCCGUCCAUAUCACAAGUGCCGCUGGCUCUGCUUGCUCACACCCCGAGCAGCGGCAAUGCUCCAAUGGUACCUGUAUUAGUCCAGUGUUAGUGUGUGAUGGAGUGGCUGAUUGCAAUGACCAUUCUGAUGAGACCGGAUGCAACUACUCGUCUGAAUGUCCACAUCAUCAGACGUUAUGCCCUAUCGUUGGCAAGAAAUGCAUCAAUGUCACCUUGCUAUGCAAUGGUGUAGCAGAGUGUCGCAAUGCCACCGACGAACUCAGCUGCAGCUUUACCAAGCAUCCGUUCGAGCAGGCCAAAUCCAAGGACUCCGUGGCCAUUGGUGUGGGAGUGGUAGUCGGCGCCAGCCUACUCAUUGCCUGUGCGUUCGCACUGGCGUACAGGAUGAAGCGCAAGAGAGCAGCAUGGAAGCGCCAACACAAUACCGUGAAAGGCUUCUACCGCAACGACAGUGAAAUGAGUGAGCUUACGACUAACUCGCAAGUGCCAGGCACUGGUGUGGCGGUAGCGAAUCCUGCAGAACCGGGUAAUGCUAGUGGCAUGCGCUCAAGUGAAGUUUGUGAUAAUCAAAUCAAUCUGCAGGAGAGUUGUUCAAUUGCAUUCUGAAAUGCAUGAACAUCACGUGGCAACAGUACCAGGGAUGGCGCAACAGAAAGAACUGUCUUUAAUCUGUAUUACAAUCAUGUAAAUAUGAACUAUUCUUACACA